UUCGUUGUGCAGAGGAGGGUCGAGGAGGAGGAGGAGGAGGUGGGAACCGAAGCAGGAAGGAAGGAAAGCAGGCAGGCUGUGAAUGCUAACAAGCUCCGUUGUUACCGUAUCACUCCGUGGGUUCGGGUUCGACCCAACAAAACGCAAUGAGAAGGAAUACCGCGCAUUAUUAGAGUCCUAUUAUGCGUCAGCGCCGCGUUCCUUCUGCGCGCGUGCAGCAAGCUCACCGUCGUCGGCACCUUUGAUCGGUUAAAGCGUUUUUUUUCCCUUCCUUUCCCCGCUGAGUGAAAUGCAUCGAGACUGCUCGGGAUUCUGACAAUGGAGAUAGAAAACAUCGUGGCUAACACGGUUCUCCUGAAGGCGAGGGAAGGUGGAGGAGGAAAGAGGAACGGGCGCAGCAAGAAAUGGAAGGAGAUGCUAAAACUCCCGCACAUCAGCCAGUGCGAAGAGCUACGCAGCACCAUCGAGAGAGACUUCACCAGUCUAUGUGAGAAGCAGCCGAUUGGUCGGCUGCUGUUCCGUCAGUACUGUGACACGAGGCCGGAGCUGAAGCGCUGCAUCGAGUUCAUGGAUGCUGUGGCCAUGUACCAGCUAGCUCCAGAUGAAAAGAGGAGGGACUGUGGACUGAAUGUUUUAGACACAUACUUUAAUAACGGGUCAGCAGCUCAUCUGCCCGACAUUUCCCAAGAUGUUGUCGCUCGGUGUCGGGAGGGGUUGGAGCAGAGUCCCUGUAAGGAGCUCUUCAACGACUGCACAAAAAUAGUUCGUGAUUAUCUGAGUGGAGCUCCAUUUUCUUCCUACCAGGAGUCCAUGUACUUCUCUCGCUUCCUGCAGUGGAAAUGGUUGGAAAGGCAACCAGUAACCAAAAAUACCUUCAGGCAUUACAGAGUACUAGGAAAAGGUGGAUUUGGCGAGGUUUGUGCCUGCCAAGUACGUGCCACCGGUAAGAUGUACGCCUGUAAAAAGCUGGAAAAGAAACGGGUGAAGAAAAGAAAAGGUGAAGCAAUGGCACUAAACGAAAAACGCAUUUUAGAAAAAGUUAACAGUAGUUUUGUAGUUAGUCUAGCGUACGCCUACGAGACCAAGGACGCUCUGUGCCUGGUGCUGACCCUAAUGAACGGUGGAGACCUGAAGUUUCACAUCUACAACAUGGGAAACUCGGGCUUCGAUGAGCAACGGGCCAUUUUCUACGCCGCUGAGAUCUGCUGUGGCCUUGAGGAUCUGCACCGAGAGAGGAUAGUGUACAGAGAUCUGAAACCUGAAAACAUCCUACUAGACGACCGUGGACACAUCAGAAUCUCAGAUUUGGGCCUUGCUGUUCAAAUCCCUGAAGGGGAGACGAUACGAGGGAGAGUGGGCACCGUAGGAUACAUGGCUCCAGAGGUGAUUCAGAACGAGAGCUACAGCUUCAGUCCGGACUGGUGGGGUCUGGGCUGUCUGAUCUUUGAGAUGAUCCAAGGUCAGUCGCCCUUCCGCAAACGCAAGGAGCGCGUCAAGCGGGAGGAGGUGGACAGACGAGUGCGUGAAGACCAAGAGGAGUAUUCCGAUAAGUUCUCAGAGGAGGCGAAGAACAUCUGCAGACAGCUCCUGGCCAAGGACCCCAAGGAGAGGCUGGGCUGUCGGGGUUGUGGGGCCAUCGAGGUCAAGCAGCACCCCAUCUUCAGAAACAUCAACUUCAAACGGCUGGAAGCCAACAUGUUGGAUCCUCCUUUCAUCCCAGAUCCUCGAGCCGUGUACUGUAAAGACGUCCUGGACAUCGAGCAGUUCUCCACCGUCAAAGGCGUGAACCUUGACCCCACAGAUGAUGACUUCUACCACAAGUUUGUCACAGGAAGUGUCCCCAUCCCGUGGCAGAACGAGAUGAUCGAGAUGGAAUGCUUCAAAGAAAUCAACAUCUAUGAGACGGACGGGAUGCUGUGCUCCGACUUGGACGUGAACCGGCCGAACCCCCCCCCAAAGAGGGGGUUCUUCUACCGCCUGUUCAGAAGAGAGGCAAGUGCUAGUGCUCCGGCUACUGUGCGAGGGGGUGGGGGCUAAGGUCUGCUUUAAGAGCGGCUACAGCGACGAUGAGACCGAAGAGCCCUCACGACUUUAAACCACUCCCUCCACACGCUGCCCCCUCCCCGCCGCAGAGCUUCACCACAAACUCCGAACCGAGCGAGAAACUUAGGAACUCAGUGAAUGUCGACCUGUAUUUAUGAGCUGUAUUAAAAGUGUAUUAUAAUUACAGAAAAAAGUAUGAGUUUAAAGAUUUUGUACAUUUGUACUUGAAUUUAUGUCUAGAUGUAUAUUUUCACUAAAGGUUGUAUUGUACAAAAAGCCAUAAAAGUACCACUUGAAUGCAUACGUUAUGUUUUUAUUUUUCAUGAUUUGGAGUGAGUAUGGAUCAGAUGUGAUGAGGAUUUUCUUUUAAGGAGCACAGCAGCAGCUUUCUUUUGCUAGAUCUCCAUGUAGUUAUUUUUUUUUGGUGUGUUUUGCCUCCGAAUCCCUGAUGUCGUCGCUUUUCAAACGUUUAGAUCCAGAUGAUGUGUGAGUAACUUAUUCUGGUCUGUUGUUGCUGCGGAUGUCGUGCUGCUCCAGCAGCUCCCUGAUGCUUCGCGGGGCGGAUUUCCGUGGGAACGGGUUGGAUUAAACCGAGCCCAUUUGUGCGAUUUAAGGGGGAAACGACCAGCGGGUGCUGUGCCUGCAUCGACUCGCGUCUGGGCUAGGCGGCGUGGAUUAGUUUUCUGGUGAUCGUUGAUUUCAUAAAAUACAAAUCAAACAUUUGGGAGGCCGUCUGCUCCUCCCGAUGCUUUCGUUGUGCUGACGUCUGAAAUCUUUCCUGAGCUGGAACAGACUCGGAGCAUGAAUUUUAAAAUUCCCGACAGCGUUUCCUGAGGGAGCACAGCUGUUAGACAAAUGUCUGUUACAGUAUUCACAGUAGAGCUCUUUCUUUGUCGUUUCUUUCUGCUUUUCACCUGCUUUUAAUGAUGAGCUUCACAACUCUUGGAAAAAAACUCCGGAUUAUUGACCAGGAAUAGUUUGAACGAGCGAUUCUUCUUGGUGAAACCCUCAUCGCAGCUAAGAUUUAGUCCGUUUAACAACAAAAGCCUGAUAAAUCAAAGUGACUUCCGCUAACUCGGCUGUCAGCGGCUUCCUCGUGUUUGUCCCGUUUCUGAUCCACGCGGCUUUAGCUGUAAUAAGUGUUUGUGUUUCAGGGCAGACUCUGAAAACUCGGCGCUAAUGUUUUCACCGGUCAUGAACAAGCACGUUUUUCUGUCCCGUUCUGCUCGUGAUGCCGUCGACUCACCCCAGUACCUGUUUUUAAUGCUGUGAAAACCCCACCUCCACGUGCCACAUCUGCUUCACUCUAAGCUAAUGCAGGUUUAUUCCAUCGUGUGCGUUGGAUUACAGCAGUGAGAUUAUUCCAGUUGGCUUUCGUGCAGCGUUUGUCAGCCCAGAAUGAUAUCAGGACAUGAAAAUUAGCUGAAUUAUGUUUUUUUUUCUCCUCCCAAUACUGUCACGAUAUGGUACUCCUAUAAUCCCUGUUGUUUUAGAGAGGUAGGUUGUCCUGAAGGUUCGUCCUCUCUUGCACAUUCCACCACCAGGAAUCUGUUGUGUUUAUCUGGCUGUUGCUGGCUUAUUGUUACCCGAGUUUCUGUAUCUGUUAAAACAAUUAUUUUGCUCUCAGGCACAUUUUGAUGCUGAUUUAUCUUACAUGUGUAGAUUUUUAGCCUUUUAGCUCUCUAGCCUCAAAACAACCUUGUAAAUGAUGCAUUUCUAACUUGUAACUAAGCUCUAACAUAGUCAUUCUCACAGGGAAAGUAUACUGUGUCUACCACUCAUGCCUUUGUCAUUGUUUUUACCGAUCUCUUGUACAACCCAUGCAGCAGUGAAGAAGCCCUGUUUGGUCUCAUUGCACUAUGGUGUGUUUUGACAAUGACUAUGGGAAGUGUCUUUUAACUCUUUUUGCCAAUGAUACCAAAAGCAGCGUUCGCUGAGUUAAACUUUGUCUGGAGAACUGACUCACUAAAGACUGACUGCCUUUUAUUUUAUGUGCCGAUUUCCAGGUAAAUUUGUGACUCAUCGCCUUUUGUUUUUUAAAAACCUUUAACUUUCCGUCCACUGAUUGAAAUCCGUUCAUAUAAAAAAGUUUAAACUGUUUUGAAUGUCCGCACUAAGUGCAUCGUAUUGCCUGUUUAAAAAAAAAAAAAGAA